GGGGGCAGAGUCGUCACCAGCGUCCUUCGGAACGGAAGAAACAUGGCUUCCGCUACUCGCGUUAUCCAGCGGCUGCGGAACUGGGCGUCUGGACAAGACCUGCAGGCGAAGCUGCAGCUGCGUUAUCAGGAGAUCGCCAAGCGGACCCAGCCACCUCCUAAGCUCCCUGUGGGCCCCAGUCACAAGCUGUCCAACAAUUACUACUGCACCCGUGAUGGCCGUCGGGAAGUUGUGCCUCCUUCAAUCAUCAUGUCUUCACAGAAGGCCCUAGUGUCGGGCAAGACAGUUGAGAGCUCAGCUGUGGCAGCCACUAAGAAGGCAGUGACGCCUGCUCCUCCAAUAAAGAUGUGGGAGCUGUCCAAGGACCAGCCAUAUCUGUGACACUGCCCCAGGCUACUUUGCCGGGUCCCCAGGGCCACCUGAUUACUUUUCCUCCUUGGAUUUCCUCUGGGGAGAGCAUGACCUAAUUUAUAACAAAUACAUAGAGCUCACAUUACUUCUAUUCUGUCUUGUCUUAGUAUUUAUUGAUUUGAUUUGAUCUGUUAUUAUUGUCUUUGUAGGGUAUGUGAAUACAUGCUGCAGCAUGUUUGGAGGUGAGAGGACACCUUUGGGAAUUGGUUUUCUCCUUCCACUUUGCUAAGGCAAGGUCUUUUGAUUUUGCCAUGCUAUGUAAUUCAGGCUAGCUGGCCAAGAGUUUCUGGGUGAUGCCUGCUAUCUGUUCCUCCAAUCCUGCUGUAGUAGUGAUAGGAUUACAGAUUUGAGCCACUGCAUGUCUUUUUUUGAGUUCUGAGGAUGGAACUCCAGUGUGAUCCUUUUAAGCUCGUACUUAUACUUGUGAGCCAUCUUGCCAGCCCACCCUUUUUCUUUUUUUAGACGAGGUCUUUGUGGGUAUUGUUGGUCUAUGCCUAUAGUCUUUGCACUUUGUAAGCUAGUAGGUGAAUAUCAUUGCUGUUCUGUGGAUCAGCUGUAACCCUUAAGUAGGUCUGUGGAUCCUGAAGGCAGAACCAUGGAAUACAUGUGAAUAAAACACUGAAUUGAG